AUGCGGGGGCCUACCUAUUCGGAGGCUGACCUGUUGGCUCUGAAGGAGUCUCCACUAGUCAAGAAGCCUGAUGGACUGCCUUCAAUCUCACAAUGGAUGGACGUGCCUGCCGACCAAAACACCAACAAUGGCCACGCCAACAAUAACAACGGCACUAUGCGUCGCACUCGGGGCGCUCGAGACGGAGAAGGGGCCACGCCAAAUGAGCAGCGGCCGCUGAUCAACCCCAUGGGCCAGUUCGGUCGGCGUCAGAGCAUGCGUAAGUCUUCUGAUGUUCAGGGCAUCAAGGCCGCUAUUGACGCGCUUUUUGUAGAACCUGGCGAAGAGACGGUGCUUGGCCCGCCAAAGUUAGCCUUUUUGUCAGCACGCACGCCGGCCAAGGGAACGGGCGACGCAAAGGAACGCACAGGUUUCACUUCUACAGACGGAGACAAUGUUGGCGACCGCUUCCCAAAGAACGAUCGGUGGACGCGGGACCGCGAAACCGACCGCAACCGAGACAAGGGCUACACCAACGGCCGUCGCGUUCCCCGAGAGGACGGUGAGGGCUGGACCAACAUCAAGGGACGCAAAAGUCUGGGUCAGGAGGACUUUGAGCGUUUUCACCGCAACGGCGACCGCAAUCGCGACAAGCAUGAGGGUGACCCUGAGAUGGACGUAGCCCCACGCCGUGGCAAUCGCGAGCGCAACGAACCGCGCUGGGGUCGCCGUGAUGACAAGGAUGAGGGUAUCAAGACUGGUGUACAGGGCGGCUGGCGUGAACGCGACCGAGACCGAGAACGGGACAAUGGCCGUGAGUGGAACAGAGGUGGCAAUCGUGCAGGCGGAGAAGAAGACCCAGAAUGGAUGGACACUAAGAUCGAGAAAAAGGAGUUCAAGCCUCGUACACAAGAAGAUUUCCAGCGCUGGAAGGAGCAGAUGAGGGCCAAGGACACGCCAGCUGGAGAAAAGGACGAAUCGAGAGAGGUACCAGCCGAGACAUCUACGGCCAUUUCCAUCACCGCUCCGCCUAUGCUAACCGCCCCUCUGCACACGCCUUCUGGAGCGGAGCCUACACAGGGCAUUCUCUUCGGCAACUGGGGUAGAGACAAGUCAGCGGAUAUCCCACCAGUAGAGACCAUCUCGGCGAAACCCAAGCCUGACAAGAAAUCGAGGUUCAUGACCAUGUUUGCAAAACCAGAAGAACAAGCAGCAUCUGGCCAAGCUCCAGCUCCAGCACCUGCGUCCCCAGCACCAGCCAUGGAGGCGAACGCUGACAAGGAAGGUUUCCAGCGCAUUCUCCAGAUGCUUGGUCAAGUCAGUACGGGCCCGUCUCCAGGACCUCAACCUCCAACAACGAUGCCCACACCGCCGAAUGGUAUGAGGCAUGGUGGAGGUAUCUCGUUAGACUUCCACCAGCAAUCGCCGCCGCCGGAUCCGCAACAUGGUAGACCACCACCAAGGACACUCGAACAGCAGAGCAUAUUGGAGAACAUCCUGGCUCCACGCGCUGGCCCACCCGAAUCUCGGCCUCCACAGCAAUCGCGCUUCAGCAGCAUGUCGCCUGAGAAUGCAAUGUCUGAUCAAUUCAGACCUCCACGCCCCGAUUCUAGUCACCCAGAUGAUCACUUUCCCCAUCAGCCUCCGCCGCAACGCAAUGGUCCUCAAGACGCAAACCUUGCGGCUCUGUUGAACAGUCGUGCACGCGAGGAAUCACAGCGUGAUCAAGCGACCAAGCAGCGUGAGCGUGACUUCCUGCUGAAUCUGAUGCAACAACCUUCUCGUGGUACACCACCUCAAGUGCAGGGCCAUAAUUUGCCUCGCCCGACCCAGGAAGGUCAUAACAUGCCCUUCUUCGAUCAGCAAAGACAGCAGCCUCAGAUUCCGGCUCAGCACCAACCCAAAGGCAGAGGUGUUCUGCCUCCCGGCUUCAUGGAAGACCCUCGCAUGUUUUCGGAGAAUGAGAUGAUGCGUCGUGAUGCAGCCGACCGCCAGCUGGAGCUUCAACAUAUGCAACGAUUACAACAACAGCAACAGGAGGCCAUGCGAGGAAAGAAUCAACGCAUGCCAAUGGGAUACCCCACCCCCGAGGAUCCACUUAUGGGCCUUCAGCGCCGUAACACCGGAGGCGACCCUCGCAUGCCGACCAAUAUGGGUAUUCCUUCGCAGCCUGUACCGGACAUGCCGUACAUGGGCGGACGCGGUCAACCAGGAAUGCCGCCAACACCCCAAGAACGACCAAACAUCGCUCCUCCCCCCGGUUUUGGUGGUCCAAUGCGUCAACCACCUGGCCUUAAUGGUCCCAAUGGUCAACAAAUGGGCCCUGGGCCGAGUUUCUCAGCAGGCAACACACCACUUGGCCACCUCCCUGGCUUCCCGCCUGCCGGCAAUAUCCGCGGAUUGGGCUUUCCAGGCGGACCCGGAGGACCUGGUGGUAAUGGCAUGCAGGGUCCGCCAGGCUACUUCCCACCUCCUGGGUAUGGUGGACCUCCAAUGCCUGGCAUGCGAGGAGGUGAAGACCCACGUAUGAUGUUUGAUGGCCAAUUCAGUGGGCCUCCCCGCCAGCAGCCCGGUCGUCCUGGACCACCCAACAUGUACUAG